AUGAUUGUUCUUCAUUUUCAGAUUGUAUUGGCGAGUAUGCACAAGUAUCAGCCACGCAUCCAUAUCAUUCGCACGGCGGAUCUAACGCAGAUACCGUGGGCACCGCAACAAGCAUUCUUAUUUCCAGAAACUGAGUUUGUAGCAGUCACUGCCUAUCAGAAUGAUCGCAUCACAAAAUUAAAAAUCGACAACAAUCCAUUUGCAAAAGGUUUUCGUGAAACUGGACAGUCGCGAUGCAAGCGUAAAAUGUCUUCAUCACCCUCCAAUGAAGAUCAUGAUAAUAAUAUGCAACAGGAAGGCCAACAACAACGACUUUUACAACAACAACAAAGUGAUCUGUCGCCGAUGAAAUCCAAUUCAACAACGAACAGUAGUGAUUCGGUUCCGUCAAUUUGUUUUGAUAAAACUGCAUUAGGAGCUUUGCCCGAAACCAACGAUUUUGAAAUUAGUCAACAAAUUAAACGCAUAAAAUCAAAUGGUUCCGCUUGCUCUACAACGUCGCAAGAAGAAAUUAACAUAAUUAGUGGUAUUAGCGAAAUCGACCAGAUUAGCAGAGCGCCAAUUUUAAAAGCAGACCAUGAUUUGCAUAUAUCAGCACAUGGUUGCCACCAGCCGCCUAAUUUAACGCUUGCCUUUGGGAAUCGUGGCAUUAGCACUGGCGCUGGAACGACAUCAACUUUUAUGCACAAUUUCCAACAGAACAUGCAAACACUAUUGCGACCUUCUAUUGCUGAUUUAGCUUGUACGUAUUUCAACAGACCACAAUUAUUAUAUCCACCUAACAUUUACUCCCAGCACACUCUUUUGGUUAAUGAAGCAGAACCAAACAAUUUAACAACUAAUACGAAGUUCGAUGUGCAGGAAUCAUUUCAACUUGCAUCUAUGCAAUUACACUCUGAUACUGAAACUGAUGAUGUUAGAAUUAACAUCAAUGAAUCAGAAACGAAUGCAGAAGUCGAUAUAGAAGCCUCUUCGAAAUCAUCGGAUGAAACAUUGGAAAUUCAAGAACAGCAAUCAAAUAUUCAUUCUGUAAAAUCUCCAACUAAAAGAAACGCUUUCAGCAUUUCAGCUAUUCUGGGUGGGAACAGUUGAAGUUUGAAGUUUUUGAAAUAUUCUGUGUAAAAAAUCUUCCCUAAAAUCUUAAA